AUGUCGUCAAAUCCGUCCACUAAUGGAACCCAACCGGCAGCAGAGCUUGGGUCUGAAGAGAGCAUUUCCAGCAGUAGCUUGGGAGGGGCUGAGCCAUCUGAGGAGGAAAUCCAGCGGAAACCGUGGAAGUUUGUUGGCUACAAAGGAUACACGAAUUUUAUCUCAACUGACGAUAGCCUAUUUAUCCUUCGCCGGUUUAAUUCCUUGAAUAUUCGAGUGGCGCUGGCACUUCAAGAUGAAGUCUCCGUAUUAGAGGAGAAGCUCAAUAUAUUGGACAAAAGAUACAGUAGGAAGGAAUCGUAA